AUGCCUCACCAUAUUAUGUCAAUCAAUGAUUCUAACCAUGUUCAAAUUGGUGGUAGAAAAUCAAAAUUGGCAGUAGUCCAAUCAGAAAUUGUUAAGAAAGCUAUUGAAGACACUUUCCCCAAUUUAUCAUGUUCGAUAUUGGCAUUAUCAACAUUAGGUGACAAAGUACAAACCCAACCAUUAUAUACUUUUGGUGGGAAGUCAUUAUGGACUAAAGAAUUGGAAAUCUUAUUACUAGAUAGUGUUGAUGAAUUUCCUCAAUUAGAUCUUAUUGUUCAUUCCUUAAAGGAUAUGCCAACUAAUUUACCAGAAGAAUUUGAAUUGGGAUGUAUUUUCCAAAGAGAAGAUCCAAGAGAUGCUAUUGUCAUGAAACAAGGGUCAUCAUAUAAACUGUUGAAAGAUUUACCUGCGGGAGCCAUUGUUGGUACUUCAUCAAUUAGAAGAUCAUCACAAUUAAUUAAAAAUUAUCCUCAUUUAAGAUUUGAACUGGUUAGAGGUAAUAUUCAAACUAGAUUGAAUAAAUUAGAUCAACCAAAUAAUGAAUAUUGUUGUCUUAUAUUAGCCAGUGCUGGUUUAAUCAGAUUAGGAUUGGGUCACAGAAUAACAUCUUAUUUGGAUGAUAUGUAUUAUGCUGUUGGUCAAGGUGCCUUGGGUAUAGAAAUAAGGAAAGGUGAUGAUAAUAUCAAAUCAAUAUUAAAGAAAAUUGAAGAUCCUAUUGCCACUAUUUGUUGUCUUGCUGAAAGAUCAUUAAUGAGAUAUCUUGAAGGUGGUUGUUCUGUUCCCUUGGGUGUUCAUAGUGAUUACAAUGAAAGUAAACAAGAAUUAACUUUAAAGGGGAUAAUAGUUAGUCCUGAUGGAACGGUUUCUAUUGAAGAUCAAGUAAUCAAAAGAAUUACUUGUGAUGAAGAUUGUGAACAAGUUGGAAUUGAAUUGGGUGAUAAAUUAAAAGCAAAAGGUGCCAAAGAAAUAUUGGAUAAGAUUGAUAUGACAAGAAACAUUAAUGCCAGACCUACUGAAGUGUGA